UAGCCUUUAGCAACCCAACACAAGUCAGUCUUUGGCCAACCGAACGGCCAACAAGUUAAGUCAUUUGAAAUUAGUUACUUUAAAUUUCAAGCGCAGCUACGCAAUGAAAUCCUUCGUCCUCAUCAACGCUAUUCUGGCUUUAGCCAUCAUCUGCACAACCGCGGCACGCACAUUCAAUAAAGUGGACAGCGUUGAGGCGCCCGAAUUGAGCAAUACCAUAGACGGACGCAUUGUUGGGGGCAAAACUGUUGACAUAACUCAUCAUCCACAUCAAGUAAGCAUGCGUUACAAGAGCAUACUACACGCCGAGUACGCGUAUUCGCAUAAUUGUGGCGGUUCGAUUAUAUCCGAGUGGAUGGUGGUGACAGCAGCACAUUGUGUCAUCGGCAAGGUGGCAAGUCAAUAUCAAAUUGUUGCUGGCACUAAUCUAAGACGAAGUUGCGAUGGUGCACUUGUGCCCGUCAAGGAGAUCAUCAUGCAUGAGGAUUAUCAACCAACUCUCUAUAAUAACGAUAUCGCAAUUGUGGUACUCGCUGUGCCAUUGCCAAUUAAUAAUGUUACCAUUAAAGCGAUCGGGUUGUAUAAUAAGCCCGCAGAAAAUGGUGUUAUAUCUACGAUAACCGGUUGGGGUACACUUCAGUCUGGUGGCAGCAGUCCUUACUAUUUGCAAGAAGUCCAGGUGCCGAUUGUCAGCAAUGAGUUAUGCAAAGAGGAUUAUGGUACAAAUCGUAUUACGGAUGCUAUGUUAUGUGCUGGUGUACGCGGUGUUGGUGGCAAGGAUGCCUGUCAGGGUGAUUCCGGUGGUCCGCUGUUGAUCGAUAACCAGUUAGCUGGUGUAGUGUCGUGGGGUAAUGGCUGUGCACGUCCUGCUUAUCCUGGUGUCUAUGCUAAUGUCACACAUUUACGGUCUUGGGUGCUUGAAAAGAAGGCGUUGGUGGAGUCUAGAUUGCUUUUGGAAAAUUAGGCGACGAUUUUUAGUUUUUGGUGUACAAGUUAAUGUAUAAAAGAUAAUUCAAGCUCUCAAGCAAUAAAUGUACAUAUGUUAUUUAUAUGUGUGUUGAAAUUGAAUUCUAUUCUGUUCUUUAAAAUAAACUGAGUUCAGCCCUUACUCUUGCUCAAAGUUUCA